UCUUCGAUCGGAUCACGCACAGUAAAGAAGGGCGAGUCGUAGAUUCGUUAGCUGGUGGUUUAGGCUGAUGUUGGUUGGCAAGGAAGUGGUUGAAGAAAGGGAAAAAGUGAUUUUAUUUUUUUCAUAAGCGGCCAUCAAUGUCCGCAAAGUGUUUAUCGUGCAAGUGCUUUCAUGCGUCACGGGAAAUUGUGUUUUCUUCGACUGUCGAUUGCGAUUGGUAAAGAAACUUCCGGUGGAACAGCGUCACAAAGGGUUGAAAGAAUAGUCAAAGUUUAAGGGGGUGGCGGAGGUGCCGAGGAGUAAGAUUUGUUUUCUUUAUUCACCCAGAGGAGCAAAUUUUUCGAUAUAUUGCAACGUUGUUCGACCAGUCCGCCCUACCAGCCUAAGUAGACGAGAAAAGGAGCAUGUUCUGCUCUGGAAGUGCAAGGGGGAUCAGUUUCACGUUCGUGAAAUCGAUGUGAGCUAUCGGCAAAGUGUCAGCGGUCGGCUGUGCAGACCAGCGGGAGAAGCAGCAGCAUUGAGGAAAAGUAUGAUAAUACGAAUCGAGCGAGGAAGAGCGAAACGCCGAAGACGAAGACCAUCCUACGCAGCAGCAAAACGGGCGGACUUUCCGGGAGUACAGGAAGCGGUCCUAGCCGACACCUUGGUGGUAUAUUCAAUACAGCACUAGAAGAACGUUUUGAAGGAAGAACAAAGCAGAGGCAUCCUAAGCAAGAUGGAUGUGGCCAAAUUGUUCUCCGAUCUGGAGUCGAAUAAUCUGCUUCUGGCGGAGGACUCUAAGAAGCGAUUCUCGGAGUUGUUUGCGGCCUCCCGAGAAUCCUGGCUACCACAUAGCAUGAUGGACUACUUUGGCCAGACAUCGUCGGUUCGAAUCGUCGAUAUUCUUGUUAAGGUACAGCAUCCGCAUGACAAGUUCAUCCUGGACAAAUUGGCCGAAUGGAUAAGGAGUGGCGCGAAUAAGAUGCUUGCGUUGACUCUGUUUGGGCACAUCAUUCAAAAGCGACCGUCGUGGCUGUGCAAGGUUGGUAGCCAUCAGCUGGUUAAGGAAAUGCUCAAACUAUCCAAGAUGGAGAAGGAAAUCAUUCCACUGAUCAACGCAGUGCUGUGCAUUAUUAAUCUGCUGCCGGUCAUUCCACUAGUUAUGGGGGGCUACGUGCAGGAUUUGUUUGAGAUAUUCAACUACCUUGCCACGUUCGAUAGAAACACUUCGGUCAACCUGCCAGAGGAUCAACUAAUCCAUCUGCAGUUUGGGUUGUAUGAGCUUUUCAACAGAUUGUACGGAAUGUAUCCCUGUAAUUUUAUCACCUUCCUGAAACGUGAAUAUCGCGGUGAGAAGCAAGCUAUUUUCCAGCAUACAAUCAAACCAUUACUGGACACAGUGAAGAUCCAUCCACGAUUAGUUUCUUCGGAUCAGGACAGCGAAAUCAACCAACUCCGUUGGAAGAACAUGGAACCGCACGAUGUGGUUAAUGAAUGUGCUCGAAUGUCUCUGGAUUAUCUGGAUAAACCACAAGAGACCCAGCCAGCAAUAGGUAAUGAGUGUCCAUGUUAUGCCACUCCCAUCAAACCGAUCGAAUUCAGUGCCGUCACGGCAACUAUUGAUUUCCAGUGGAGAGCAAGUGUGAACUACUUCAACACCAUCUCCACCGAUCAAAAACUGAGCACCAUUGCUGCGCAGAACUCAUUCUGGUCCCCGAGCAACAUGAUGCAGCCAACACCUCCGCCCGGACCAUCUACGGUUCCCCAUACUCCGAAUCCAACCCCCAGCUACACAAUUCCUUCAAUAUCGGGUCCUCAGCUACCCGCUGCUGACGGUGCUUCCCCACCGGAAGCAGCCGUGGAAGCAACACCGGAAACCACACCGAUGAAGGACAUCAUCAAGCCCGUCAGACCCUAUCCCGUCAACUCGUCGGCGGUUCGGGCCAUGUGGAACACCAGCCAGCCGUCGUCGCCAGUCAAAAAGGAAGCCAGCCAUUUCAGCUACGAGAAAAGUGUGAUCACAUCGCAAAAGUUGCUGCGGAUGGUUAACGAUCGGAACCAUUCGGUCAUGCAGUUGUCCAACACGACGACAGCGACCUCUACCAGCAACAGUGUCCCGUCGAGUCCGCUACCGAUCGAUCAGCCGGCGUUUGAAAUCAACCGGGUAGCGCAGCUGGUAUCGAACUUGAAGCUUACCCCAGGUGGCACCUCGGUUGCGCUAGUGGGUGCGCGUUACGAUUUGCCGCUGAACGUCGGCCAAACAGAUUGCACUCAGGAGGACCAGGAAGUAAUCGACAUCAAUAGUCACCUGCUGCAGGAGCAGUUGCCGCUACAGCUACCAACCCAGCUCCAGUCCCACCAACAUCAGCAGCUGCAGUCCCAUUCGCUGCCGGUACAUCCGAUGAAGGAAGCUUUCGAUGUGGAAGAUUUCGAGCAAGAAGAAGGAUCGCCCUGUUCGGCUGGCGGGUUGCAUUUCAAGAACUCACAGUCGAUGAUCAACUUCACCCGGCACCGCUACAGGAUGCAUAGCCAAUGUGUGGUGGAUUCGGACCCAAGUUACAGCACGGGUACCUCGCCUGCUGACACUAGUAGCUAUAUGAUAAAGAAUGGAACGGGGAUUAGUGUGACUAGGAGUAGUGCUGGCGAAACGCGCAGGAAGCACCAACGCCGGCAUUCACUACCGGAUUUGAAGAAGUACAGUUUGAGAGUGGAUCCUAAAACGCUGGUUGGAGAAAGGCAGGAUUUAACGCUCGUAGAGGCCAAUGGGGACAGCAGCAGUGGAAGCAGUCCUUCCGAGGAAGAAGCCAUAUCGGCUGCAACUCAUUUCAACAAAAAGCAAGAGCAGAAAAAUAUACGGAGGAAUCAAGCACUUUUUCAGGAGAUUCGUAAGAAUCUUACCAGUGUGAUAGGUAUUCACCGAGGGGGACAAAAUGGAGUCCCAUCUUCUUCCCAGCUGGUGAGCAGUGGGACUCAGACUAUUGAGAGCUAUCCGCAGCCGUACGAGCAAAUUGUGUAUGGAAUUUUGCAGGAGGAAAUGAAGUAUAAAUCAGAUAUUGCUAUGAAACGGCUGCAGGAGCGGAGUGAUAGUGAGAAUAAGCCUGACCCGAAUUUGAUGCUGGAUAAAUAUAUUGAGCUGUGCGUGAAAAAACGACUGGCAAGUGGGGAUGCCAGGCGGACGGAGGAACUGUACCGAGAUCAUAUCACUCUGCUAAAUUUGCAGCUGCAGUACGAGAAACAUCGGCGAGAGAUUCAUGCAGAGCGUAACCGUAGAUUGUUAGGAAAAAGUAGAGUGAUACGAGGGCUGGAGCAGAACAAUGAAACACUGAAGGAUCAGGUUUCACGACUGACCAAAGAGAUUAGCUCGCUGAACACGGAAUUGGCGGCAUUGAGGAGAAAGACAAAUUCAGACUGGACCAAAAGCUCGACAGAGGUAAUCGAACUGAAAGAAAGGCACACAGCCGAGAUACAGAAAAAUCAAGAUCUACAGAAAAAGAUCAAAGAGCUUGAGGUAUCAUUAACGGAUGAAUCUCGAGCUCGUAAAGAACAAACAGUUGCCAUCGAACAGGCACGCGGCGAGUUGUUUGAUUUACGCAACGAAAUGCAACAGGCCUUAUUCAAGGCAGACCUAGGACAGCAGUAUAGGGAUGAAUUGACUAGACUGCAAUGUGAACUUAUUUUGAUGGGCGAAAUUCAGCUUAAAUGCAAAGAGCAUCUGGCAAAGCUAGACAACAUGAAGGCAAGGGAUGCGGAGAUUGCCAUGAUUCAAGAAACCUAUCAAGAUGAAGUCAAAGAUCUGAGGUUCAGUUUGGAGAUGAAAUCUGCUCAGCUGGAUUCAACUAAGGAGCGUUUGGCAGAACUCGAACAGCAGUUGUUAAAACGGGACGAAACGAUCACCCUGCAGAAGCGUAUGCUCAAAACGGUCAAAGAAGAGCAUAAGGAGCAAUUCAAUGCUCUCGAGCGCAAAUAUCACGCACAAAAAGCGAUCGUGGUCAAAAUGGAGGAAGCUAUUUUGGAACUUCGUGUUAAUGCCGCUGCCCGGUCUCCCGACUCGGACCGAACUGACGCUGUCGGUUCCCUGGAUCAUACUUCUCCGUUGUCGAUUUCGCUUGCAUCGAGCGAAGGCCUAUCGGAAAUCAAAAACUUAGCACUGGUAGUGCAAUCUGGUAGUGGUGGUGUUGGUAAUCAAAACAACUUGGAACAGGAUUCCAGUCUGCCGACGCCGACAGGCGUCCUUCCUCAUAUAUCAAUGGACAAUAAUAGCACUUCAGCCGGACUGGUGGUUGCCGGCAGACCGCCGUUGGCCUCUGGGAACCACUCAGAUGAAGCCGGUACUGCCAUUCCUGGGCCAAGUCAACGACUAUGAACGGUAUUACUGCUUUCUUUGUUUCGGUAUACUAUGUUUCGCUUUCUCUUUCUCAUGGAACAUGCCUUCCGUCGUUGAUUCCGCGGACAAGUUUAUUCCUUUUACACACUAAUGCAGUGCCCUGCAAAUUUCGUUCCUAGAGCGACCCUCACAUUCACCCACCCACACACACACACACACACUUACGCAUACCGAUCGUUGAACACAAUUUUCUAUCGUUUGUUAGGCUGUUAAUUGAUUAUUGCGUUCAAACGAAAAAAUAAAGUAAAGGAAUAGAUACGUUGAAGCCAGAGCGGCGUUCAGAGCAAACAUUUGGAACCUAUGUAUGGAGAUUUACUAAGAAAAAAGAGAAGAAAAUAUUAUGUUAAAGAAUUA